UAUGUUAGCAGUGUUGCAAGUUGGAUUGCUUGGUUUUGUGAGCAUCCCAAGUUUUUAGGAUUCUCUCUUAGAAUUUCACAUAAAUAGACACCUAAAUGGUUUAUAAAUAGAGAUGAAUAUCAUCUAACAAGUAAAUAAUUGAAAGAUGAUAGGAAAUCUACAUCCAAUAUUAAGCAUAUUUUAAUUAAAUAUUUGGAGUAAGUGCACAUUUGAGACAUUAUUGUUUUGGCGAGUUUUAAAACUAUUCAUCCUGGUAUAAUUUUGAGUCUAUCUAGGACUUUGGAUGCAAAGUAAAUUGCUCCAUACUCAUUUUCUUCUGGUGAAAUAACCGAAGAAUAUUACACAGUUGCUUGGAGUCAUACCAAUUUUACUAAGUUAGACACCAUUAAGAACUAAAAUCCUAAAUUAAGCUUUUUGAUGAAUAAAAUCACUUAAUCACUUAUACUAUCAGAUAUUAUAAUAAAGUAUUGAGAUGAUGAUAUUAAAAAUAGCAACACAAGAUCACUUUCAUAGGAUCUAUAACUAGAAUCUCAAUCGAAUGAAGUUGAUACAACAUUAAUACCUAUUAAUUAUGCAUCUUUGAUGGUCCAUUGUACAGAUUCUUUAGUAAUGAGAAUACCAUAAUUCACAAAAUAAUAAUAAAAUUUGUUGAAGAACAUAAAUACAGCUGAUUGGUUACCAAAGAAAGAAUUCUAAUUAGACUCAACAUUAAAUUUUACAAUGUCUUAUGAUCAUAAUGAUGAAUUUACAUCAAAUCCAUCAUUGACAAUAACAUAAAUCAUUUCUUAAGAUGAUACUAGACAAUGUUUUCUGACAGCAAAGAUUUCAAAUUCAUAUUUAUUAGAUCUAAUAACAAGACAUUAUUAAUAACAUGAGAUUUAAGGGGAAAAUGAACAUUAAUUAUUUACAGCUAUUAUAAAUGAUUAAUUCACUACAUUAGCUCCAUAAGAUUUAAGUAAUAUGACUAUUUCAGAAUCUAUUAUAAAAUAUAUAGUAAAAACUAAAGAUUUCAGUUAAUCAUCUUAUAAUUCCUUAAAUGAAGAUUUAGCACCAUAAAUAAUAAAUAAAUCUAAAGAAUUAGUUUAGAAUCAAACUCAAAAUUCAACAUCAUUAACUUAUUCGUUUGGUUAAAAUAAAUUUUAUUUAUUAUUUUCUAAGGUUAAUACUUAUUCAACAAAGAAAGUCUCUAUAGUAACAGCCCCAGAAAAUGGAAGAAGAUAUGUGUAUAUUGAACCAGAAGAAAACAAUUUUACUAUGCCUUCAUUUAUUUUGGUUCAUUAUUUUGAAGAAUAAACUUUAAUUUAAGAACUCUAUGAAGGAACAUCAUUAAAUAAUGUCAGAAUCUUAGAGAUCAUUGUAUUAAUUGUUAUAAUUGUUCUAUCUGUUGGUAAAUAUAUAUAUAUAUAUAUAAAUUAGUAAUAUUUUUAUUUGUUUGGUAUACAGCAACUAGAAUAGGUUUAUCAUUUGAAUAACCAAUUAAAGUUUUAACUGAGUUUAUGAAUAGUAUAGAUAUAUAAAAUAUGGAUUAAGAAGAAGAAUUAAUAAAUUAUUAGGAUUAUUUUAACUCUUUUGAGAUUAAAUCCUUAUUUUAAACUAUGAAUAUUUUUGUAACAACAAUAAAAUAUUCAAAUCAAAAAUAUUCUAAUUCUAAACAUUCUGAUGCUUUGGCUUUGAUGGAAUUAAGUAAAGCAAAAGAUUUUUACAAAAAAGAAAUAGGAAAUAUGAGUGCAGUUGGUAUAUGUGCUAAUAAUAUUGGAAUAUUACAUAUGAAAGGAGGUAGAGUAUUUGAAGCAAUAAAUGAAAUGGAAGAGGCUAUUUAUAUUGCAAAAUUAGAAUUAAUAGAAAUCAAAGAACUUAAAAAAUGGUGUUUAGGAAUGUAAUCAGCAUUGUAGGAACCAAAUCUAUAUUAAAAUUUUAAAUAAAGAUUGAAAGUUUUGGCACAAAAAUUUAAAGAAUAAAUGAAGAUUAAUUGGAUAAGUGUAUAAAUGAAAAAGAAAGAUAAUAAAAAAAAGAAAGUUGAAAGUUAAUAUAAAUUAAAUUCUUAAUCUCUUAUGAGUAGACCAUUAGAAUAACAUAAUAAAAAUUAAUCUACUACUUAAUUAUUAUAAAAAACCAAUAUACCACAUGUUGCAUUACUUAAUACUGGUACAUAAAAUAAAAUUACUUAAAUAUAAACAAAUUCUGUUCAAACACCAAUGUAGAAAAAGAGAUUAAGUGGUAGAAUCUCAUUUGCAGAAAGUAAAUAACAUUUAUAACCAAUUAAUUCAGUAGAGCCUGAUAAUUCAUAACAUGUAUCUCCUUAAUUAUCUCCAAAUGUAUCAAAUAAUAGAGUAAAAUAUUAAGGUGGUCACUCAUAUAAUUAAAGUAGUAUUAUCAGUUAAAGAUUGGAUUUGAAAGAGAGUAUUAUACAAUAAGAUGAAAGAUAUAAAGAUGAUGAAUAUAGAUAAGAUUAAGAGGAAAGAGUAAGAGGAGAUUCUGGAUAAUCUAAUGGAGGAAUGACAGAAUUGUAAAUGAUUGAAGAGAAGAUAGCAGAGUUGAUGAAAAAGAAAUAAUUAGCUAAAGCAAAAUUAUUAAAUAGAUAAUUUUAAUUAGCAUAAUUCAUGUUUACAAUUUGUAUGUAAAAUGAAAUCUUUAUUCCUGAAACUCUUAAAUUAUUUAAUGACUUUGAAGCAACAGCAGAAAAAGAUUAAAUGUUCACAUAAAGUAAUAUUGUAAGAUUGAUUAAUCUUCAUGUUAAAAAGGCAUUAUGUUAUAUAUAAAUUGGAGAUUUGAGUAAUUUCAAAAUAUCUGAAAAAAAAGCAUUAGAAUAUUAUAAUAAACUUAAUGAAAAUUUUACUUAAGAAUAAAAUUAAGCAGAAUAAGAUUAUAAUUUUGUUGACAUGUUCAAAAAUGUACCUAAAGAAGUCUUACUCUCAAAAAUUAUGUAAUUAUAAGCUAUAUUUGAAUUAAUUGAAGGUAAUUUUAAGACUGGUGCUGAAAUCUUAACAUAAAUUAUAGAAUUGGGUGAAUAUUAUGAUCCUGAAGUACGUGAUUUUUGUUUAAUGGUUUUAGAGAAAAUAUUUAAUCUUUUUAAUAUAUCUCCUUUGCCUAUUUAAUAAUUCAGAAAUUAAAUAUCUAUCAAUAUUUAUGAAAUAGUUUUCAUGAUUGAUUAUUCAAAAGAAAUGACAAUUGAAUAAAUUAAUUUGUCUCAUAGUAUUUGUACCAAAAUCUUUCAUAUAUUGUAACCUUAAGAUUUAAUUGGUAUGUAUGGAUUCAACAAUUCUCUACAUGAAGCUUUUCCAUUAUAACCAAAAGGAACAUAUAAAGAUUUAUUGACAAAGUAAUUAUUCAUGGCAAUUACUGCUCCUGGAGGAAAAUCUAAGAUAUUCUAAGCUUUAAAAUAUGCAGUUAAGAAUUUCUUUGAACAUAAAAUUACAAUUUAAGAUAGUGAUUAUGAGAAAAAGAAAAAUAUGGAUUUAAAUAAUAAAUAAAAAAUACCUCUACCUCCAGUAGCAGAGGAAGAUGAAGGGAAAAGUAUGAUUAUAGAAAAUUUAGUAGAUAAAAGUUAACAUGUAAAUAUUAGGUAUUUAAUAAAAAUUUAUUAUCUUUAGUUAAGAUUGUUAAUAUGAUAAUGUAACUAGUGAAUCUAAUUCUGAUUUUGAAGAUAAUGAUGUUAAAUUAGUUAGAAAUGAAAAUAAUUACGGUAAUAUAAUUGAAUAAGAAAAAUAAUCAUAAUAAAAUGAUUUUAGAACACGUUAUAAAUUUAUUUGUAUCUUUACUGAGAGUAUUUAUUAUUUUAUUAAAUAUUUUAGUAAAUAAAAAAAUGAGUGAAAAGUAAGAAAUCAGUUUGAGAUAAGUUUUAGAAAAGAAUUAAGUUGAUCUUAUGGUAUUCAAUAUUGCUAAUUAAAAUGCUAAUAUGUUAGAAUUAAAGAAAUUAUCUAAAAUUACUCCAAGAAGUAUUUUUGUUAAUGCAACAGCUAAUUUAGAAUAAUUAUUUGGAAAAUCAAGAUAAAAUCAAUUACAAAAAAAAAUGUAUUUAGAAUUCUUUUGA